AUGAAUGGCAUAACUGAAGUUUUUGUGGAAUUCUAUACUAAUAUGUUGGGUAAAGCUGGUAGUCACAAAACCAAUGACAUAGCAGGGGACAAAGCCCCUGGCCCUGAUAGCUUUGGCAGCCAGUUCUUCAAGGACUGCUGGGACACUAUAAAUGGAGAUCUGAUAGCUAAUGUACAAGAAUUCUUCAGAUUGAAGACAGUCUUACCCAGCAUAAUCUCUGCCAACCAGAGUGCCUUUGUAGCUAGUAGAACCAUAGUCCAAAAUGUGCUAAUCUGUCAGGAUUUGGUCAGGCUAUAUAACAGAAAGCAAUCAACUAGCAGCUGCUUAAUAAAAAUUGACUUGAAGAAAGCAUACGAUACAUUGGAAUGGGCAUUUGUCGAAAAAAUGUUAUACACAUUGGAAUUCCCUCACCACUGUAUCAAAUGGAUUAUGAAUUGCAUAAGUACUGUCCAGUACUCCAUAGCUAUAAAUGGUGGAAUGAAAGGAUUUGGGAUCCACACAAAGUGCAAAAGUCUAAAACUAAACCACCUCUGCUUUGCUGAUGAUGUAUUACUGUUCAGCAAGGGGAAUUUCCAAUCAGUGUUACUGCUACUAAGGGGACUGAAAACCUUUUCUAACUCCUCUGGAUUGAACACAAAUGCGACUAAGUCCAACUUUUUUAGUGUCAAUAUGCCUUCACAUAGCCUUAAUGAUCUAAUAGAGUUGACAGGGUAUGCAAAGGGGGUCCUACCAUUUAGAUACCUUGGUGUGCCAAUCUCAUCCAAGAGGAUUUCUAAAAUGGAUUGUGAAGUUCUAUUGGACAAAGUGACUACAAGAAUAAAAACCUGGGGUACUAGACAUCUAUCAUAUACUGGAAGGGUAUUGCUAGUGAAUUUUGUACUGCUCCAUGUUCACAGCUACUGGUCGUCAAUUUUCAUACUUCCUAAGCAGGCCCUUAAAGCUAUCACUGCACUGUGCAGAAAUUUUCUAUUGGAUGGAAAGGUAGCAACAAAUAAAAGUCCCCUAGUGGCUUGA